AUGUCUACACGGCAAGACUCUCCUCAGCUCCAGGAGAAGGGCCGACUUCCUGCCAACAAUAACCCUGCACAACAAAAGCAAGUACCAUGGUACAAGAAGCUCGACUGGCUCAUGGUCACCAUGGUCAUUCUCGUUCCUGCAUUUGCAGGCCUUAGCACGAUCUGGGUGCCUUUCCAAAAGAAAACGAAGAUCAUGGCAUUUUUCUAUAAUCUCAUGAAGGGAUUCAGCAUCACAGGAGGCUACCACCGUCUCUGGUCUCACAAAUCCUACUCAGCCAGCAAGUCUCUACAAAUAUUCUUGAUGCUCUUCGGCGCUGGCGCCGGACAAGGCUCAAUCAAACUCUGGUGCCGAGAGCACCGCGCCCACCACCGUUAUGUGGAUACCGACCAAGAUCCAUACAGCGUCCAAAAAGGUCUCUUCUACUCCCACGUCGGUUGGAUCAUUUUCAAAGACGACCCUAACAAAAUCGGACGUGUAAACGUGGAAGACCUAAAACGGGAUCCCAUUGUGACCUUCCAGGCCUAUUACUACUGGCAACUCUUCCUACUAAUGGCAUACAUUGGGCCUACGCUCAUUGCAGGAUUGGGGUGGGGUGAUUGGCUGGGCGGGUACAUCUACGGAGGACUUCUGGGUACAGCUCUUGUGCAGCAAAGCACGUUCUGCAUCAACUCGCUUGCUCAUUGGAUGGGAGACCAGCCCUAUGGAACUUUCAAGUCUGCCCGGAAUUGCUUUAUUGUUGCCAUCCUCACGCUUGGCGAGGGGUAUCACAACUUCCACCAUGAGUUUCCGUCGGACUGGCGCAAUGGAGUGCGGUGGUAUGAGUUCGAUCCUACAAAGUGGAGUAUUUGGUUGUGGACGCAGUUCGGUCUUGUCUCCGACUUGCGGUUCUUCUCUAUGAAUGAGAUCAACAAGAGCAUGCUCCAGGCAUCUCAGAAACAGCUUGAUCUACAGUACAAGACUAUUCAAUGGGGUGUCCCGAUAGCAGACUUGCCCGUCAUGCUCUUGGAAGAAUACUAUGAGCAAGCUCAAACACGACAUUUGAUCUUAAUUGAGAGAAUUGUUUACGAUAUUACGGAGUUCUAUAAGAUACACCCUGGUGGCGUGGGAUUGAUCAAAUCGGGAAUUGGUAAGGAUGCCACAAGGAUGUUCAAUGAUAUGUAUAAACAUUCAAAUGUGGCGCUUAACCUUCUUGCGAGCAUGAGGAUUGCGGUGGUUGAUGAAGAUAUGUGA